UGUCUUGUAUUAUUUUGCGUGAUCCUUAAACUAUAACAGAAACUAUAACUCAAAUAUUUUGGGGUGGCGUGGGGCAGGGUUGAGUUGCUUUUAUAAAGCAGUGGAAGGUUUUCGGACCCACGAUUGUACAGAUUUGGUGUAGUUUUUGGAGCUUCUGCCGGUUUUGUACUUUAAAAACCUGCCAAGUUUCGGGUUUUUUUUUUUAAUAUCAAGUGCGAAUGUACAUUGCUGAGCUGCAAUUUGGCAUUCUGGGUUAUGUGAUUUUCUCUUAUUUUGGCGUUCUGAGUUAAUGUAAGACUGUAAUACAUAUCAUACAGUGGGACUGUGUGGUGCAGAAAGCAGCUUACAACUGUCCCUUCUAAAGCCAGCACCAGUAACUCUACCCUCCCAGUCCUACCUGUCUGCACUACAGUCUGCUUCCUACUACAUGUGUGACCCGUACCCAACCCAAACUCAAUGUAGAUGCACAGGCUGAAGCCCAGAGUCCUCCUGACGCACAAGUUAAGAGAGAUGGGAACAGCAUUGCCAAUGGAGAUAUUGGAUAAUGAUUACAGUCUCAGAGAGAAGAUCAAGAAUAUCAUGAAGAAAUAUGAUACUGGGACCCGUUUUGCCAAUAUACCACUUCAAAAAGCAUCAGUUCUGCUGCCACUUUUUAUAAAGGAAGAGAAAAUCCAUUUGCUAUUUACUGUCAGGUCAAUGAAGCUUAAGACUAUGCCAGGAGAUGUGUGCUUUCCAGGAGGACGGCGUGAGCAGACUGAUAAGGAUGAUGUGCAAACUGCUCUCAGAGAAGCCAAAGAGGAAAUUGGCCUCUGUCCUGAGCAGGUGGAGAUCAUUGGCCGACUUAUUCCAGCUAUGUCUAUGUCACCAAGAUAUUUGAUCACACCAGUUGUUGCAGUUGUGGAAGAACCAUUCCAGGCCUGUCCAGAUCCCAAUGAAGUUGCUGAUGUGUUUUUAGUGCCUCUGGAUUUCUUUCUUAGCUCUGAUCAUUACACUAUAUUACAUUUCAAUGUCCCAGGAACUGGAACUCACAGACUCCACACAUUCCACUAUGAAGACAAAGAGAAGAAGAAAAUAUUUAAAAUAUGGGGACUAACAGCUCACUUAGCGUUAUUACUUGCAGUCAUUCUCUUGGAAAAGGCACCUUCAUUUGACUAUAAUCUGCAGAAUGUGCUGCUGGUAAAUGAGAAUGCUCUCUUGAGUUCUUACAGUAAGCUGUAAUUAUACUUGCACAAGGUAUUAAACUGUGCUGCACUUUAAAUAGUACUGCAUAUUAAAAUGUGUCUUCCCUUGUAGCAUAUGUACAUGAUUUCAAGUUACUGUCUGAGCUAAGGUGCUUUAAGAUACAUCAAUAUCUGCUGCAUCUGAGGACUUUAUUAACUGUACGUUUCCCUAUGUUAUGCAUAGACUUUGCACCUUCACCAGUCAAUAUGCAUUAUUACAUUACAUUAUUACAAGCUCUACAGCUGCCUUCCAUGCACAUACAUCUGCCUGUCAGGAGAUUCAUCUGCAUAGCAUGAACAGCAGAAUCCCUACUUUUUUCUUUUUCUCCCUUCUAAGGCCUUCUUAGAAUCAGUAGUCCUCUACUGAAGGCAGCUGUAGAGCUUGUAAUAAUGUAAUGUAAUAAUGCGUAUUGACUGGGGAAGGUGCAAAGUGCAAAAAAAAAAAAAUGUUAGCACUCAUGCACUACAGGGUCAGAGGGAGGCUUUUUCUAGUCCUAUUCAAGGCCUUCUGUUUAUGUAAUUUCCACACCCCUUCACUUUUAUCCUGUACUGAAUGCUGUAAAGUAAUAAAGAACGUCAAUAGAUAGGAAUAUUUGACAAUAACCUUUUAAACAGCACAGCAUUAACCCUACCAAGCAGUACUCAUCAGUUAACAGGCAAAAACCGGCCUCACAAAUCUGAUUACCUUUCUCAUGCUUUAAUGCUCAUUAAAUUAUUUCAUAUUCUGAGACA